AUAACAGCACCGUAAUGGCUUACUCCUUGCAGUCAUAACACAGCGAAAACGAUGUUUUCCAAAAUCUUCAGAUUUGGACACAGAAAACAGGCGAAAAAAGUCCACGUUUCUGACAGUGAUGAUGAUUCUUGGCUUGAAAAUUUUCACCUAAUCGAAAGAGGACUACCAAAUCUCGAUAAAUCUCAAGUUCGAGUGUUGGUGUACAAAGACCACGACAAGAGAGGAGAUAAGUUUGUUCUCUUUGAUUCCAAAACUGAUAUACAAGAUGAAACAGAACAGCAAUGGAGUGGAGCCACUCGUCCUACGAGGAAACGAGUCAGCUCCGAUGCUCAGCUGCUGGGAGAAAUGAUAUUUGGGUCAGUUGAGAUGACUUACAAAGGGCCGACAGUUAAAGCUCAUUCAAUCAGGAACCCUCCACAACUACUUCUGACCAAAGUGUUCGCCUUGAACAGACCCAGAGCAUCGCAACAUGGUGGCAGCCCAACAUCCAACCGUUCAUCUGAAAGUUUACGGUUCAGCGAAUCCAUGUCUAGUGUUUCCUCUUUGGCCUCCCCUGUCACAAGCUCAGAUAAUGAAGAGAGUUCAGUUGUGGCACAAUCGGUCCCAGUCCCUGGAAAUUUCAAAUCCUUGCCACGAACACUUCAACUUCAAAACUUUGCCGAAGGACUUUCAAAUUCCAUGUCAGACACCAGUCGCUCGCUGACAUUCCCAAGAACCUCGUCUGCCAACACCAGCACCAGUUAUCAAAGACGAUGGAUGCGAAACCAAGUGACACGUAUGGAAUAUGGCUGCAGCAGACGAAACGAAAGCUUCAGCGAGGAGAUGUCAAUGAGAUCAAGACGUCGACCUAAAAUUGGAAUUGGAGUCUUAUUUACACUCUGGGAAGACAAGAACUCGUCGGAGGAAUGCAACAGACUGUUUCAAAAUUUCGUUUUCUCUCAUUUCCCUCUGUUCGAGUCCCACAUUCACCGCUUAAAGAGAAUGGUCGAAAAAGCCUUACUACCCUCGGUCCAAAUGUCUGGAAGUUCUCAAGAUGCUCUUCUGAAAAUUGCCGCCAAUACCUUUGCUGAAAAUAUCCUCAACCUGUACUACGCGCCAAGAAUCAGGAACCCACUAUGGUUGACGAUGCUAUCCGAACCUGAUCAAUGCAACACAAUAUGCGAAGAUCUUGUGCCUCAAAUCGUAAACGCUGUUGAACUGUACAAUACAAAACAAACAAAUUAUUUCUUGUCUACGUUGUUGACCGCUGUUUUGACGUUUCAUGUUGCCUGGGUAACCACAGUGACACCGUCAUCUGACGUGGCAAGGCGAGCGUACCUGGACAAGCAUUCUUCUGAAACACUUAAUGUCCUUGGGGAAUCACAUCCAUACAAUCCUCUGUGGGCACAGUUGAGUGAGCUCUACGGGGCUUGUGGCAACCCAACCAAAAUGGCAAGAACAGUUAUCCUCGGUCAAGACCAGCAAAUUGUCACUGUAGUUCUACACAUCCUCUCAUACUUCAUACGCUGUAGCGAAGUCUUUGAACAGCCACUGGAACAAUCGCCCAGCCAUUUGACUGGUUACCUUGACUCGCUUGAAUGCCAGUCGAGAGCCAACGAAUUGGAAAGAGAAGACGAAACGCAAGUUAGACCAAAAUGUGACACAAUCGUCGAAAACUCUGAGGAAGUUAUAACAGAACCUAAGCGAAGCUCCCAAGAGGAGAUUUUGAACAAAUAUUCUGCACUUAUAUCGCAGAGUUCAACUAGUUAUUUACAAGUGCCUUCCGAGAAAUUACCGAUGAAUUCCAACAAUGGUAUCGGGUGUUCCGAAGUCUCGGAUUGUCCGGAGGAAAAUGUGGAAAUUUCUGAGAAUUCUCAAACGAAGUUACCUACGGAAAUUGUCGACUCCUGUGGUGAAGAUUCCGGAAUUUGCUCGACGGAUUUUGAUAGCUCGAUGGAGGUACCCAAAAAUGAUACAAAUUCCGGGAAUUGUGUGCGCAUUUCUAGGAAUUUCUCAAACGGGGAUUUGAAAGAUUCUGAUAAUUGUUUUAACGAUUCUAUAAAUUGUCGGACGAAAUCUGAACAAAGUUCGAAAAAUCUCCUGUGUAAUGGUGAAAUACCAGUUCAAGAUUGCAGGAAUUUAUCCGGAGAUUUGAAGAAGUGUUUGGAAAAUUGUCGCGAUUGUACUGACGAUUCUAGACGAACAAACGAAGAAAAGGGAUCGGUUAACUCUUUAACGUGUUCGGACGAAAGGUUAUGUGAAGAAUGUGAAAAUGUUGAUUUAAGAAGUGAACUUUCCGGCGAUAUUUCACAAGAAAUAAAUGAACAUUUGUGCCAUUGUAAUGGCGUGUGUAGAGGAAACACGAAAGAACACAAAAUGUGGACGUCUUUUUUAAGAACAUCCUGUUGUAACAGAAACGCGAGGAGUCUGGACAGACGCUGUUUAUCAGCGAAAUCUUUUGACGAAACUUUGAACACAAAAUCCAGAGAGGCUCGAAGAUACAGCUCUGAGAAAGAGUCUCAUACCAAAGGUUCAAAAGUUUGUGUUCAAAAGGACGGGAAAAUACUGUCGCUGGAUCGACAAAAUGUUUUAAAUAUGUUUAUAUCGUCUUAUCCACUUUGUCCCUUGUGUAAAGGACAAUUAAACUUUGCCGAACACGAUUUUAAAACUCUCACGAGUCAAUCUAAUGGCUGCCUGUGUCAGGAUUGCGAGAAAAUUAAGUCGUGUCGCUGUCGGGUCGUCGAAACGGAUUUUGGCGAGAACGGUCGUUGCUCGUCGUCAACUACGUUGAAUUCCGAAGGUUACUCGAGCGGGAUCUCGGUGCAAUCUUUCGGAGCUGAACGCGGGUCGUUGAGCAGUCUGUCGACUGAUUCUGGCUUAAAUGAACAUUGUUUGCAGUCUGAUGAAAGUUUUACUGGGAACUUCGGCAUUGAAGAUCAGGCGUGCAUGUUAGAGUUACCGGAGGCUCGACUUGAUGAAGAGUUCACAAAAGAUGAUGUGUCUUGCAAAACCUCUCAGGACUGUCAACUCUUUAGUUUUGGAAGAUCUCUGAUGGCUGGGUAUUGUAAUGAAUAUGUUCCGGACUUUGUUCUUCAUGGUACGGACCGCUGUACAGAAGAGCAGGCGAAGCAAGGCCUGCAUAUAUCACUUGAGGAACCAGUUGUGGACAGUCCAAUAUCCGAAUCUGUCAUCAUUACUGGAGACACAGACAAAUGGGAAUGCACGAUUAAGACACUAUCAAAACAGAGAAAAAGCACUGGAAACCAUCCAAGCGGAAUUCGCUCAAAAAAAGCCGAGCGGUCAACAUUAGUUCACAAUUUUCUCACAUCAUUUUGCGAUCUCUGGGAGUUAAACAUGCCCGCCACAUUUUGUCUGAUGCAUCUCGAGGACAAAAUGAAAGAGUUGUAUCUACGAAGCAAGGUCGUCUCGGAGUAUUUACUCACACAAAAGAAAUAUGUAACAAUGCGAGAUCUUAUGUCGACAUUUGGUUACGGCGAAUGUGACCUCGCAUUGAUAAUGAGCAUUAUUGGAGUGCACUCCCCCCUGGCAGUCUCACGUAUACCACUUCCCUAAACGAGCACAGAAUUCAACAACCGUUCAAGCAAUUUGCAAAAUUCACUGGUGCAUUAAAAACUGUCAUCAACUCUUACACCUAGUAUUCAAUGUCAACAAACUUCAAAAGAUCAUGAUAUAGUCGCACUGAAUGCAAUCGGAAAUUAUAUUCUUUAACAUAUCUGUAAAAUGAUGGGCACAAGAAAUAAGACAAAGUUUAAUAUCUGUGAUCGUUCUUUUAAAU